UUGUAAAUUCGGUGUUCGUGUUGAGUAGUAGUACCUAAGACAAUGGUGUAUCGAUUAUUUUGCGCUAACGAAAUGUCAUUCCGGCGCCGUGUUAAUAUUAGAUAUCGCAAGCUAAUUUCGUGAAAUUUUAAAUGAUAACUAGUUGUAUCUUCGUGAUAUAAAUUUGGCUAGGUAUGAAUUAGAGAAAUUUAAAAAUAGAAUGAGAAAAGUGACAUUUUGAUGACUGCAAGAGAUCAAGGAGGUACGGUUUCAAUCAAAAAGUCAAGAGGUGCAGUCCGCUCAACAAUACCUUUUGUGAUAUUUUGGAUAUAGAGACCGUAUAUAAAGAUGGCUAAUCCAAAUCGCGAGAACGUUAGUACACGCUUUUCAGACAAUUACGAUUUAAAAGAAGAACUCGGCAAAGGAGCCUUUUCCAUCGUACGCAGGGCUGUACAAAAGUCUUCGGGAUGCGAGUUUGCUGCCAAAAUUAUUAAUACUAAAAAACUAUCUGCGAGGGACUUUCAAAAGCUAGAAAGGGAAGCUAGGAUCUGUAGGAAACUUCAACAUCCUAACAUUGUAAGACUGCACGAUUCUAUUCAAGAGGAACAUUUUCACUACCUUGUAUUCGAUCUAGUAACUGGUGGUGAGUUAUUUGAAGACAUAGUAGCCCGUGAAUUUUAUUCUGAAGCAGACGCGUCUCAUUGCAUUCAACAAAUAUUAGAAUCUGUUCAUCAUUGUCAUCACAACGGUGUUGUGCACAGAGAUCUAAAACCUGAAAAUCUUUUGCUCGCAAGUAAGGCUAAAGGGGCAGCUGUCAAAUUAGCUGAUUUCGGUCUAGCGAUUGAAGUACAAGGAGACCAACAAGCUUGGUUUGGAUUUGCUGGCACACCAGGAUAUUUAUCGCCAGAAGUUCUAAAAAAGGAGCCGUACGGCAAACCUGUAGAUAUAUGGGCAUGUGGGGUCAUAUUAUAUAUUCUACUGGUUGGAUAUCCUCCAUUUUGGGACGAAGACCAGCAUCGAUUAUAUGGACAAAUUAAAGCAGGAGCAUACGAUUAUCCAUCACCUGAAUGGGAUACCGUUACACCAGAGGCAAAAAGUCUCAUCAACCAGAUGUUGACCGUUAACCCUAGCAAGAGGAUUACAGCUUCGGAAGCAUUGAAGCACCCAUGGAUCUGCCACCGUGAGCGUGUGGCAUCUAUGAUGCACAGACAAGAAACCGUGGACUGCUUGAAGAAAUUCAAUGCUCGUCGCAAGCUCAAAGGUGCUAUUUUAACGACUAUGCUUGCUACCCGCAAUUUCUCUGGAAAGUCGAUGGUAAAUAAGAAAGGCGACGGUUCCCAAGUGAAGGAGUCAACCGAUAGUAGCACAACUUUAGAAGAUGAAGAUUUAGAUAAAGAUAAGAAAGGCGUCGAUAGAGCCUGCACAGUAAUAUCUAAAGAACAGGACGAGGAGAAUCUCUCUAAAGCAGAUUCAUUUGGAAAAGCCCGUGGUGACAGUAAUGCUUCAAUGCGUCGCGCUGAAGUGUUAAAGGCUACUGAUAUACUUAUAGAUGCAAUUAACAAAGGAGAUUACGACACUUACUCCAAACUUUGUGAUCCACAUGUCACCUCAUUCGAUCCUGAUUCUCAGGGGAACUUAAUAGAAGGUGUAGAGUUCCAUAAAUUCUUCAUUGACAACACACCUACCAACAUAAAAACCAAUUCCACAAUUUUGAAUCCCAGAGUACAACUUCUGGGAGAAGAUGUCGCCAUUGUUGCAUACAUAUGUAUCACACAAAAUGUAGAUUCUGAGGGAAGGCGAUCUACAUACCAGCACCAAGAAACCCGUAUUUGGCACAAACGCUACAACAAAUGGACUGUAGUGCAUUUUCAUCGCUCCUAACUAGUCCUUUUUAAUAAUCACUCCAAGAUAUAUGAUACAGCAAACGAAGAUGGUAACGAGCAUAAUAUUUGCAAUUCUACAUCAUUACAUUUAAUGGGUAUAAAAGAUAUCCAAUUUGGCUCUGCUGAAUGGAGUGAUAAAUAAAUGUUUCAAAUUUAAAUCCAAUUCUGCUAUAAAAAUUUACACGAAUUUUACUAGAUUCUUUAUUAUGUCAAAGAAUUAAGUUUAGGUAUAUAAAAGUAUAUGUUACUUUACUGAAUUCAUGCAAAUUAAAUGCUGUUUCCUAUGUAGUAAUUCCAUGUAAGUGUGGCUAAAAUGUGAUAUAUAUUAACAUAUUGGUCAUCUCAAAUAUAUCCGAUGCUUUGAACUAGAUUGUAGUAAAAGUUGUGAUCUCAGCCACAAUCGAAUUGUCAACGAAAGCGAAGUAAAAAUAAGAUUCAAAUAUAAAUCUCAUACAGCUCAAGAUCUGAACUUAAACUUAUUUAACUAGGUAAGUACCUAACUAAAAUUUGCAGCAGUCAGCAAGUCAUAUUAAAGGUUUAGAAUUACUAGCACAUUUCUCUAUAAGUCUCUCUACAUUUUAACUAUGAAUGUUUUGUCGUGCUUAAUAUGGUGUUCUAUUUGUUACUGAAUACCUAAUUAGUAUUAUAAGGUAACAGAACACAGUUAUUGGCACUAAAUAUGUUCACAGCUGGUAUCUCAGACUUACUGUAGAAUUAUUAUUCACAUUUUAGAAAAUUGGUGUCUAUAAAGUAUAAUUCUAAAUGUUUAGCUUAUCAUCUCUAUGUAUAUUAAACAUUUUAUUUAUCUAGGUUUAGCUAGAAUGAAUUGAUUGGCUUAAUCUUUUAAUUAAGUGGAAUUUUAUAUCAAUCUGUCAAUUUUAGAUUUAAUACAUUCUGCUGUUUGCUUACAAUUAUUAUAUCUUAAUGCUUUCGCUUCAAUUGUUUAGAAAUAUUUUAUCACAUUGUUAAAUAUUUUAUAAAUUUCUCAACUGAUUCCUAAUUAUUUAUAUGUACCCUCAUUACCAUAACCUAGGUAAAUUACUGUUGUAAAAGUAAUGUAAAUGUAAGAACUGUGCAAGAUAUUGGGACUGGUUUAAGAAUCUAUAGACUCAUAAUAAUUCAGAGCUUCACAAGUGAUAUUAAUGUGUACGUAUUAUAUUGUAAAUUUUGCACAGUUUUGCAUUUACCUAAAACUGUAAGUCUGCAAAUCUCACUAUAUCCUAGAACUUUAGCUUAGAUAUUUAUAAAUAAGCAAACAUUUUUACAAUUUUGUAAAAAAUUGUGGUGUGUACAUGUAAUUAGCAGAAUCUUGUUUGUUGUCAUCUAUAAUUUAUAUUUGCAUCAUUAGGGUUACCAAUGUGUGCAUAACAACUAGAUAAAGAAAUGUGGCUAAAAAUAUUUUCACUAUUUAACAGAAAAGUUAUUAUUAUUCUAUUGCCAUUGAAGUAGUGCCAAUAACUGUUAGUUAUAAAAUAUAUUCUAGUCUUUAUUGUUACACAUAUUUAGGAUUAAAUUAAUGUUUUGAAUUAAUUUUAAAUGUUUUACAAACAUAAUAUAGUGAAAAUUAAUUAAUAUUUAAUAAGUAUGUAUUCAGAAUGUUUAUCUUCGGAGUUUGAGAGUCACUGUUAUUACUAUAGUUUUGUUUUUUGUACUACUAUGCUCUCCGAAUAUAUUAAGUUGUUACCUACAUAACAUAAAUUAUAUCCUUAUACAAUAGAGGUGCUUAAUUUAGUUUGUUAUCUAAAAUGUUUUCAUUACAAUUUUGUAGUUAUUAUCAUAGUUUAAAAAAUAUUAUUUAUAAAAAUGAAACAGUAUUCUUGAUGCAAAAUUGCAUAUUACAAUUUUAUUAAGGGUCAGUCAUCCACUAAAAUUUUUAUGAUAAUUGUUAGAUAAAAUUAACUAAAUAAUAUUCAUGUCUAUCUCUAUAUUGAAUAUAAAGUUCUUAAAAUGUCAGCUUAUAGAAUAUUAUAAAUAAAUAUUCCUUAUAAAAAAAACAUAGAAUAACUUUAUGAUACUACUGAAAUGAAGUUACUACAAUUAAGUGCUUAAAAAUUUAUACUUACCUAUAUAUAGGUAUAUAAAAAUGUGCACAAAUUGUAUGGAAAUUAUCUUCCAUUUACCUUAGCUGAUUCAAAAAAAGCAAUUAAAACUGUUUUAAACCUUGCUGAAGUGUUUAUUAAUAAUUACUAAUUAAAUCAAACAUGAAAGCCCUCUGAAAAGGAGAUAAUUUAAAAAAAUUAUAAUAUGCAGCUACUGUAGAAAAUUCCUUUGUGUUUUCCUUUUUUGGAUAAAAGUUAUAGUUUUAACUUUUCAUAUUUAAAAAUAUUAUGAAUUUGCACUUUUAAAAAUUAUCGCAGCUUUUGUAUAUAAAAAUGCUUACGAGUUGACAUAAUAAUUUACUCUGCUAGUAAUUUAUGGGUGCAGUGCAAUAUUAUGGUUCAAAUAGUUUAUGAUUUAUACCUUGUUGUUGAUCAUCUAUCAUCAGCAAGAUAAUAUAAAUAAAUGCUGAAACUUUAUGAAUUAUUGUACUUAAUUUUUGGGUGCAUAUAAAAUUAACAUUAUCUACUGUCAUAACUUCUGUUUUUUCACCAAGUCUAAACAUGUGAUUGUUUUUUAUAGUUAGGAUUUAACCAAAGUAUUUAACUCUUAUGCACCUCUGAUAUAAUUUUAAAUUUUACUAAUUAAUCAAGGUGGCUAUGUUGUAGAAUAAUUAAAAAAUGUGAAAGUGUAGAUGUAUGGAAACUUUGUCAGUAAAUUUAUAUUCAUCAUUAUUUCUUGAAUACUUCUGCAUUGCCGAUUGUGUAACAUUCUCUAAAAAUAAAGUUCUUUUGGUCUAA